CCUCGCGCUUCUGCCAAAUAACACAAAAUGUCGUUUGGUGCUGAAUGUUUUCUCUGUUGUGAACUAAAUGGAUUCAAAGGACAGAUCAAGAAAACGUAUCCUGAAAUUAUUAAAUAUUUAGGGAUAAUGAUAAGAGGGUAGGUAAAGGAAAAAGGGUAAAAUAACGCCUGUAGACAGGUUAUUGUUUGCUCACUUCUGCCCACACACUAGCAUGUGAGCAAGCUCUUCACUCUUGCUUACAGGCUAGGAGGAAUUGCUUGCAGUAACGUCUAUUUAAUUUGAAUUCCACCUCUAGUGUUGUCUGUGGUUCCACAGGUCUCCUGCAGUCUCCUGCCUUUUUCCCCCUGCUGCUAGAGCCCCCACAGAGAGCUUGCUCUUGAUUAAAGCAGCAGAUGUAAACUACAAGAAUGUGCUGUUUGCUCUUACUAACGUGACUGAAAUGGACUCACUUGUGCAUCAUCUGAGGUCUCGUAAACAAAAAGUGCCUUAAUUGCAAUGACCAAAAAAAGGUGAAAGUAGGAGCUCACUCAAACAUCUAACCCUGUACUAGUUGCAGAAUUCAGGGAUUACUGCUUUGUUAAUUAAAAGAACUAGAGCAAACACAGUAUUAUUCUUUUCUGCUUUGAAAGGUGGGAUGAGAGAUGUGGUAGAAUCACCAUGAUCAUGUUGAUUUUAACAGCUUGUAUAACUCGUUAGUCCCAUACCAUGCCUCAUUAUCAUUAUCCUUUAACCACCAGAAUUUACGGGAAAUUCUUGGAGAUUUCCUCCUAAACACCGUGGUUCACCAUCGCUGUACUCAGAUCCCUGGUAUCAAGUCCUGAAUGUUUAGCAAUCACUUCAGGGUAUCAAUGUUAGUUCACAUGAUUGUACAUGAAUGCAAUCUACCCAUUGAGCAUAAGAGGAUGAGAGAUGAGAUUAAUUAUAUAUCAUAGACCAUGUGGGAUGAAUCAGCGAACAUUCACUAGAUGACUGUUUGGUGAGAGAGAACAAUAACCUGUCUUCAAGCAUAAUUUUUCUCUUCUCCCUCUUCAUCUGGUGUGCUUGCCCCCUAGAACCAGCCUGAGUGCCCCCAGUAUUGGUAACAUCUGCUAUAUGCAGGCUGACCAGUACAUGAGUUUUAAUGACACCAAUUAAAAGCAGAAGGUCAAAUAAAGAAAGAGGAAAGCAUUCAAUUAGAAUUAACAUUAUUUUUUAUCCUAAAGUCCUUGUUUGGCGGUCUUUUUUGGAAUGGUAGGUCUUUUAAGGUCCAAAUAAAUUUUGAAACCUGCCCAAAAUGGUCUGCAAACAGGUAACUCUGCCCCUUUCGUGUGAGAUUCUCUCAUCAACCCGUUUCCUUGAACUUCUCCGUCUCUCUAUCCUGGGGUCUGAGUGAAUGCAACAAAGCUGUUUGAUUGCCAAUCGUGUAAAACAUUCUUAACAUAAUGCUAUUAGAUGGCAAGAUUUUGUGGUUACUGAAAUAGAUAGCCAAGGAAAUCAGGUCAAGCUGAUCCCUGGUGAAAUUGUGUCUGCUAUGGAAAAUGAGCAAGAUGAUCAGUCAUCCAGGAGCAAAACAAAACUUAAAAAAGAGAAGAGAGAGAAACAACAAGAAGAAAAAAGUUUGGAUGACGUGCCGUUUUUUAAUAAGGUAUGACAUUAUGCAUAGUGGUACCUAGUCCUUGUAACUAUAGUUCCCUGCUUCUCUGCCCUUCUAGAAACUAACUGAGAGUUCAGCUAACUGAUAUAGUACUUUACAGUUCGCACACAUUUUAUACAAAGUAAAAUAACAAAUUUAUUUAUGAACCAACGAGGCUGAUCUAUAAAGUGGCAGCUAAUUUAAAAUUAAAGCAUGAAACAGUAAGCUAUCCAUGUACUGUUUUAUACCUUACCAAUUCACAUGCAUUAUCCAUGUGUCACAUGCCUGUGGAUCAAAAACAUCACUUACUGCAUACAGGACAAUUUCACUGGCAUGAGAUGACUCAUAACUCUGAGCUACUGGUUUGGUGACUAUUAACAUGAAAAAUUGAAUUCAAUUCUACCCAAAAUAGUCCAGUGAAUGGCACUAAAUAUCAAGUUUGAGUCUUUAGUAAUAAGCUAAGAUUUCACAACAUCUCACCUUGGUAAACUUGCCAAGAUAUACAUGAUCUCACUGAGUCAGAUGGCACCAAGAUUUGGUCCUUUGCACUGCUUUACAAUUUUUUUUUUGCCUUACCAGCGAUGAAUCGUCCCUUACCUGCUGAGCUAAAAUUUAGGGAGAAUACUGGUUUGAAAGUUGUCAGGUUUUACAGAAAUUUAGUUAAAUAAUGCUAAAAGAGUUAGACGUAUUUUAAUUAUGAGGAAAAGACAGGACUGUACGUGUACAGUAGAUGCAUUCCCCACUUCCACACACCCCACCCAAAGGGGAUAUCAGUCCAUCACUCGGUUACCCGUAACAGUAUGUCAGCAUGUAGAAGUUAACCAUUCAAUGUACACACAGGUAAAAGAACUAGCAGAUCCAAACCUUCAGCUAAAAGGUUGGGUCCUUCUCAUACAGACCUUGUUUAAAAAUGAGUGGUCUGCUCUCUUAGUUAAAGAGCUGUCACAGAAUAGUCAGGCAUUAUAAAGCAAAGUGCCAAAAUGAAUGCAAAGACAUUGUAGUAUCCCUAAACCAUUAUCCUAGUCUAUGGGUAUCAAAAAAUUAUCACAUCUCCUCUUAAAGGGGGGCGUGGCAGAAUACUAGGAACUUGAAUACUAAGUGCACGGAUGGUAGCUACAACAUGUAAAUUAUUGCUCAUGAAUGGGCUUCAGAAGCUAUUCUUUACAUUGCAACAUUAGAACAAAUUUUUUUAAUUGACUGCUUUUACAGCUGUACUAACUUUGAGUCUCAUCAUCAGUGGCUAUGUUCAAUUCUUUUAAGAUCAAUAUUACUUAUGUCUUACAUGUAAACAUUUCAGAUGUUAGACUCAUUUGAAGAGUUGAAAGAUGUGGCUCUGAAGAACUUGGAGAAAUGCCUGAGCAGUGAAAAAAUGAUUGAACUCUCAGAGUUUGCUAUGUUUGUUGAAACCAAUAGAGAUACCGAAAAGAGGAUUUCUCUUGGUAAGCUGGUGGACCCCAGAGGGUAUGCACAUAUUGUAACAUUAUUAAUUAUGGUGACAUCAGGGACUGAGGUGCAAAUGAGACAAACUUGUUCCCCCCCCCCCCCCCCCCAAAAAAAAAUAUUUAAUAAGGAGCCAAACAAGUUCAAUGGCCCAAAAUCUUAGCCAAGAAAGGGCCUUUAAUGAAUAUACAUUUAUAAACUGGUUUUAAAAGAGGGGGCAUAAGGAUGUGUGCAGUAAUUUUUAUUUCAAAAACGGGUGUUGCGGUGUUUUGAAAUUUUAUUUUGCGGUAAGUGGUGAAAAAUCUGUUGUUCUGUUACGGUGUUCUGCUUCUAUUUGGUUUAAAGUACAGUUUUGCAAGUCUACAAGUCCCUACAAGGUCUCUCGAGCUGGUCAGGGACAUAUUUUAGUAAUUUUAAGUGCAGUUUUUUCACUCUUUUCUUUGCAGCAUUGUGGUUUUUGGACCCCCUUAUGCCCCCUCUUAAAACAAGAGGUACAUGCAGUUUAUGUCCCUCUGUCAAUGAAACUGAUACAACAUUAUUGUUUGACAUUGAUAUUAAUUUAUAAGUAAAAAUGAGAACCCCCUUGGUAAGCUUAUUGUCAAAAUUAAUACUGAUCAAAAAUAAAAAAUUGUAACAUAUAGUUAGUUUCACUAAUCUCACACAGAUGUCAUGUCUUUGUAGGCUCUGUACCCUCAAAGGAGCUGCGCACAGGUCUUCACAGGAAUAUCCGUUUAGCUUUCCCUCAUCUUCUUACUGAGACCACAAAAUCAGAUCAGGAGGUAAAUUAAAAGUAAGCUCCCCAUGCUUCUUUGCUCUUGAUGUCCUUUUCUCCCAAGUAAGGCCCUCUUUUCAUUAUCCUCCCAGUUCACUUUGUCUUUCAUUUUCCAGGGACAACCUCCUCUAAUACUUGUUGGUUAUGAUAAAGUAUAUUGGGAAUUCAGCAACUUACUUAAUGACAGGGAUCAAGUAGACAGGUAGUAGUUAUUAAUUUUGAGCGUACAUGUAUAUUGAUCAUUAUGCCAAUAAUACACAUACUGUAUAAUGAUAAUAGAAGGAUUUAGCAUAUUGAUAUUGUCAUAUAAUACCAUGAACCAUCAGACUGCCUUUUUUCCGUCAUUGUCACACUACAGUUUACUCUCGACUGAUUACCAAAAACAUCACUAUUAAACAUCACCGUGUGCAGACAUAAGUCUUCAUUUACCUUUUUUGUAGUCAUUUAAUACGUAAGCAUUUUUGUUACGGACACCACCACCUUUGUUUCAUCAUCACCAUAAAGAUCAAAGCUGUGAAUGGCUUGCCUAUUUACUGUCAUCAUAAUUAUCACCAUCAUCAUCUUAUUUCAAUCUAUCAUUGUCAUCCCUGCAUGCUGUUAUUGUCAUUAUGGCAACCACCAUUGUCAUCAUCAUCAUCACACUGUCCAUUGUUAGACUGUAGUGAUUAUUGUUAACACCACUAACUUGGCAUUUUCUUUUAAUUUUGAUAAUGCAGGUUAUUGUGCUUUGCCCACUGGGAAAAUAGAAGGAUACCUUCUACACUCAGUAUCGAUGUCAGCAGUGCAGAUAAACAACAGCGAACUAAG